UCACUCAAAGUUGCAUGGUUGUUUUAACAAUAAAAAAGUAAAAAUUAUUUCAGGAAAGCAUGCAUGCAGUCGCGUAACUACCUAUUAUGUCCAGUCCCGGAUAGGGAAACAAGAGCAUAAAAAUAUGAAUCUUACUUUUAUUUUGUUGGAAAAACUGCGGGGGGAAGGGAGUUGUUAAUAUCACUCCGAAAACGAGAUCGUCGAGACAAUUAUUUAGUGAUUGGUUACGCCAAUACACCUGCUCCAUAAUAAUUCUCCCAUUGCUUUAAUCUAAGAUGUUUGAAAUUUUUUAUUAAUUUUAUUCAUGAUUGUACAAAAUAAUCACGCAUGUUAGAUAUUUAUUUAAGUAUUUCCUCAUUGAUAAACAAAACACGUGUGUUUUCAUUUAAUGAAUAUCAUUUUUGGUUUCAUUCUUAGCAAUGUCAGAAAGUUCUAGACCCACAAUAAUUUGUAAUUGUUUUGUGCUUGGGGUCCGUUAAGCAUCCAUGUCGCAUUUCAUCAACCGUAACCGCAACGUUAUUCUUUCUGGAUAGAUGUUGCGCGCAGGGGCGCAACAACUAAAUUUCCAAAGAAGGGGCAAUAUACCUUUUUAUAAAGAAUCAUCGAUCCCCCCUAUUGAAGCGGGCCGGGAAAAUUUGUAUUUCAAUGUGGAAAAUGGUGCUAUUUAAGCAGUUUUAUUAUCUAAAAAUUGAAUAGGGGAAAGGCACCUAAGAGUGCGCAUCCCCUAAGAGUACGCAUUGCUAUUUUCUUACAGUUGGCAACAUUGAAAAAAAAGUGUAUAGCCUCAGAUUGUUCGUUACUGUGUGACAAACGAGUGGCGUGAAACUUGCAGCUGCACAAGAUUAUUUGUAGAUUUGAAAGGUGAGAGUUCAUUUGUUGUUGUUUUCAUGUAAUAUUUUUAUCGGGUAACUUAAGCUAUAGCAAGUAGGUAAACAGAGAUGCGUUCAUUAUCUUUAUAUUACGUAGCAGCUUUGGUUUUCAGCAUUCGUGUCGAUAAAGCCAUAUUAGCUUUUACGGUAUGUGCUGCUAUCUGUCGACUCUUUUAGAUACUUCGUGUUCAUUCCCUAAGAGUGCGCACAAAGUUUGUCCACAAGAGUGCGCGCGCACUCUUUGGAGCACCUUGCGUACUCUUUGGGACAAGUUUAUAUUAAUACAAAAAUGAACAAUUUUCAUCAAAUAGGCCUAUAUUUGUUUCAGAAUGUCAUCUUCUUAUAAGAGAAAAUCGGAAAGAAAGUUAAUAUUUUCAGAAGAAAUCUUAAAUGAAGCAAGAAACAGAAUACUAAAUGGGGAAAGUCAACAAAAAGUUGCAAAGUAUCUGGGCACAAAGGAAUCUAUGCUAAGGAAACGCCUAAAAGCAGGAUCCAUACCAGUGUCACUAGGAAGAUUGAAACGAGUUUUUACACCGGCUCAAGAGCAAGAACUAGCAGACCACAUAAGGGAUUUGGACAGCCGAUUCUAUGGCAUAGGGAGAAAGCAACUGAUGAGUUUGGCUUUUGAGUAUGCGACUCUAAACAAUAUUCCACACAGGUUCAACAAUGUGACAAAGGCAGCAGGGCGACACUGGGUGCAAGAUUUCUGCAAGAGGCAGAAUUUGUCCCUUCGAGCACCCGAAAAAUGCAGUCUUGGCCGUGCCAUUGGAUUUAACAGAGUACAGUGUCAGCGGUUUUUCCAUAACUUGAAACAAGUGUCAGAUGAAAAGAAAUUUCAUGCUCAUCGUAUAUUCAAUAUGGAUGAAAGUGGAAUCUCGUGUGUCCCAAACAAAGUUCCCAAAGUACUUUCUCCCAAAGGCAAACGUUCAGUCAGCAAAGUGUCUUCAGCAGAGAGAGGACAAACUGUGACAGUAGUUUUUUGCAUGAAUCCUGUUGGUUUCUAUGUGCCCCCUGCGAUUAUUUUCGCCAGGAAAAGAAUGAAACAAGAGUUAUUUAAAGAUGCUCCUGAAGGUUCUUUGCACAUGAUAUCUGAUAGUGGCUUCAUUAAUUCCGAUCUGUUUUUGGUCUGGCUUAAACAUUUCAAGACCUAUGUCAAACCAUCUGAGGAUGACCCAGUACUCCUAAUUCUAGAUAAUCACUCAUCCCACUAUUCUCUUGAGGCUGUUCUUUUUUGCCGAGAGCACAAUAUCACACUUCUUUCACUCCCUCCCCAUGCUACACACAAACUGCAACCUCUCGAUCGAGGAUUCUUCGGCCCUCUGAAAUCAAUGUUUGCUAUUGAAGCGGAGAAAUGGAUGCACAACCACCCCGGCCGUGCAAUUUCCAAUUCUGACAUUUGUUUUUUGUUCCGCAAUUCAUAUGAGAAGGUUGCCACCAUGGAGAAAGCAAAGAAUUCAUUUCGUGCAACAGGAAUUUAUCCUUAUAACCCUGAUGUGUUCAGCGACGAGGAUUUCAUCCCAUCUCAUGUGACUGACAGGCCAAAUCUAGAGGAGCCAAUGGACAGUGGCAACGAGGUGGUUCCUGUUGCUCCAGAUACUUCUGUACAAACUGUGAAAAACCCCAUCAUGCCUUCUAGCUUUGACACAUCCCCAUCAACUAUUGAAAAUCUUCAAGUUGAUAUGGAAUGUUUGGUGUCUAGUGAGAAUAAUGAAACAAUGCUGGACCAAAUACCGUCGACCAGUAAUAUUGUCCAUGUAGCUGGAUUGGAGUUUUCUAACGCUGAUGAGAAUGAUAUGCCGAUCGAUAGUGGUGUCGAGUUGUCGACUAGUGAAAUUAAUCUGGGUUGCCAAAUGCUAGCUGGUGUAUCAAGUGAGAAAAAUGUUAAGAAAAUUAACUCUUCCAACUGCAUUGUAAAUAAUAGUCCUAUGAAGGUAGAUCAGAGUGAGGGAAAGGGAAUCUCUCCAGCCAGCAUCGUACCUGUUCCCAAAGCAGACACAACAGUCAAGAGACAAAGGAAAGCCAGGCGAUCGGAAGUAAUGACAAGCUCGCCGUUUAAAAAUGCUCUUUUGCUGGAGAGUGAAAAGAAACGUUCACAAGAUUCACAGAAGUCAAAUAAGAAAGGAAAAUCAUCAGGUCCAUUGAAAAAGCGUAAAACUUCAAAGACAGUGGAAAGUGAUGUACUCUGUCCAGGAUGUGAUGAGAGAUAUACUGAACCAAUCUCAGAAGACUGGAUACAGUGUAUUAAAUGCCAACAGUGGUGGCAUGAGCAGUGUUCGUCAUUUGAAGGAUCUGUAACAUUUACUUGUGAUCUGUGUUAAGUGCGCACUCUUAGGGUAAACAAUGCGCACUCUUAGGGGCUAGCUCACCUAAGAGUGCGCAUUUGCAUGUAUUUGUUUUUGUGUGUUUUAUAACAAUAUGAACAGUUUUCACAUAAUUGAACAUAUGUAGAUGAAUGCAUAAUAGAUUAAUAAAACCGAAUUUGACUCAAACAUUUAUUGUUAAUUUAAAAUGUAGUCACAUAUGACUAUUGUUUGUUAGGUGCGCACUCUUAGGUGCCUUUCCCCUAUACAGCACUUUCUUUGCCCCCGUUUGCCCCCACUUCAAGGUUUCAGAGAGGUGGGGGUCAAAAUACCCUUGCCCCCCCCCUCCCCCCCUUCACGUUGCGCGCAUGUUGUGAGCCUGGUGUGCAACUCAAGCACAGCUCAUUACGUUCCCCGCGCGGUUC